AUAAUAAAUAUGAUAAUACAAAAUCCAGAACAUACGUCGAAGACGGAGGUAGGUUUAAUAGUCCUUACCACGAUGGCAGAGUGUCCGGAAACUUUUCUAUUGAUGACGUAAGGAUUGGUGGCCUUAAUGUUACCUCACAGAUGUUCGGAGAGGUAUUAAAAUUCUCGACAGAGUUUUGGGACUGGUCACAAUGCGACGGCGUUCUGGGGAUGGGUUAUCCCGCCUUAUCUCACUUUAAUACUUCUACUGUCUUCCAAAACAUGAUUCAUCAACACGUGUUGUCCCAACCAAUUUUUAGCUUCUAUCUAAAUCGAAAGUACUCACAUCCCGACGGUGAAUUGCUAUUGGGUGAGACUAAUCCUUCCCACUACGUGGGCGAGUUUACGUAUGUGAAUGUUACCCGCAAAAAAUACUGGCAAUUUAAAAUGGAUAGAAUUCAAACAGAAAGAAACACCUUUUGCUCGGAAGGCUGUCAAGCUAUCGUCGACACGGGCUUCUCUACGAUAGCUGGACCACCGCAGGCUAUCACAGCUCUUAAGAGAGAGAUUGGCUUUAAUGAUCGGGUGGAGUGCCGCGAGAUUCCUGAUUUGCCUCAUAUCAUAUUCGUCAUAGGUGGUACGACGUUUCGACUCACUGGCCAAGAUUAUGUCAGGAAGGUCACAGGAGACCUUUGCAUUUUAACACUCCAAAAUAUUGAUCCGUUUAAUGAUAAUGGUAUAGAAUGGAUUUUGGGCAAUGUAUUUAUUCGUCGCUACUACACCGUGUUCGACAUGGGGAAAGACCGAGUGGGAUUCGCCAUGGCAGAUAAUUAAAUCUUGAUUGCCUUCUCAUGAAGUUAUCAUUAAAUAUUAGGAAAAAUAAAUGACAUUACUAAACAAAUAAGUCAUAGGAUGAAUACCGGCCAUAGUUUUUUUAGAAUAUCGACCGACAUAUGGUCUGUAAUUUUAUUUGGACUAUAUAUAUGGCAUAUUUUUAAAUUAAUAUGUGAGAAUUAGAAGAAAGAUAUGCGAUACUUAUUCUACCAACGAUUUGGUACAUCUUGUUCUUUCGGCAACUAUCGAAUUGUUAGGUAUUGUGAAUACAACUUGUAUACAAGUCUGUUAAAAUGAAGUCUAUUAAAAUGAAGUAUUUUUUACACUGAA